AUGGGGAUGGCAGCGGACGCGACGACGGCCAUGACCAUCGACUUCCUCCGCGCGCGCCUCCUCUCCGAGCGCUCCGUCUCCCGCGCCGCCAAGGAGCGGGCCGACCACCUUGCCAAGCGUGUGGUGGAGCUGGAGGAGCAGCUCCGGACGGUGACGGCGCAGCGGCGCAAGGCGGAGCGGGCGGCCGCGGAGGUGCUCGCCAUCCUCGACUCCCAGGGCUUCGGCCGCCUCUCCGACGCUGCGGACGAUUCGGGCUCAGAGGACGAGGCCGGCACGGGCGACCGCGACCCCGGUGCCGCCGCGAGGGACGGAGGCGGCGGGAAUGCGGCGGAGGACGCGCUGUCGGGGUCGGAGCUGGGAGCCCCGGCGCCGCCGCCGGCGGCGGCUGCUGCUGCUCAGGCCGGGGGCUUGUCAUGGAGAGGCCGCGCCGCGAGCCCCGAAUGCGAGAGGCGGCGGCCGCAGCACCAGCAGCACAAGGGCAGGCAGCCAAGGCAGAGGCACGGCCACGGUCACAGGAGGGGCUACUUUUACUCGCGCGCCGCGGAUUCGUCGCCAAAGUACCACCCGGGGCAGUCAUGCCGGAAGAUCAAGAGGAAGGAGCUGAUGAGAUCUCAGACAGGAGGCGGGGAGGGCAACGACAAUGCAGUGGGGAGCACGGAGGACGGGCAGGAGAGAUCAGAUUGUACUGUUUGCACCGAUGAGCCGGCUGAUUUUGAUGGCGAGGUGAGCCAGGAUUGGCGUGGGUCUUCUAGUAAUGGAGGAGUGGAGGAUCGUGAUGAUCGUGCCAUGGUAUAUGAGAAGGAUGGGGAGAUGGAGAGGGUACUCGAGAAGCAGGCUGAGCUAAUUGGACAGUUCGAGGCUGAAGAAAAUGCUCAGAGGGAGUGGGAGGAGAAAUUCAGCAAGAACCGGGAUUCAGCUACGGAUAAUGUUAACUCGAACAAUAAGCUAAAUCAGGCUGAAAAUACUUGUGGGAGGAGGGAAACUGCUCGGGUUGUAGAUAAGGAAGUGGUUUGUGAACAGGCAAGAUCAAGUGACAAUAAUCUCCAUUGCAUCAGCAACCCCUCUGAAUGUCUACCAAACGGCCCUGUUUCAGAAUUGCCCCAAAAUGUAGCCAAAGAUAGUGUUAUUGAACAGUGCAAAUUUGAUGAGUUUGGUCAUGAUUGUGUAGUCACUGCUGCAGCAGUAAUUUCAAGCCACGGUGAACUGCAGGUUAGGAAGGAUGUGCUGACAACUAAAAGUUAUCCUGAAGGAAGUGGCAAUAAUCUUGGGAAAUCAGCUCUGCCACCACAAGGAAGCUGUGAUAGCAGACUAAAUGCAGGACAUAGAAAGGGUCAAGGAGAUGAAAAUUCAGACAGUGGUUCAAGCUACCAUGUAAAUGCUCGAUCUUCUGAGCGAUACAUAAACACAUCAUCAGUUGGGAGCCCACUAAGUGAUACCCCUAAAAGCGAAGUCUCAGAAUGGAGCUCCUCAUGCUUUCAUAACCAUACCGAUAACCAGCUUGAUACACAACUUCAUCAAUCCUCAAACAAAGAUGUAGGAGGGGUGCUAGAGGCCCUUCAACGUGCCAAGAUGUCUCUCAGAGCAAAGCUGAGCUGGCCAAGUCCUCCCAGCCAGAACAUAUUGGCACUUCAAGCACCGGAUGAUUUGCCAGUCAACAGCAUGGAACUUUCACUCAGCAGGUCAACCCCUCUCAGUCAGGAAAUAUUGGCACUACCAACGCCAGUGGACUACCUUAACAGGGUCUUACCACAUGAUGAUGUGAAAGUACCAAUAGGUCCUGCUGGUUUGUUUCGUUUGCCAACAGAUUCGUUUCCCAGAAAUGAGAUGGCCUCAAGGGACGGAUAUGGUUCAAGGUUCAGUUUGACCUCGGUGAGUCCACCCUACGUAUGCUCAAGCUACCAUGCUGAUCAUAUUAUGCCAGCUCUGUCAUUUUCUCACUAUGGUUCUGGGUUGUCACUGGAUCCAUACUAUGAUCCUCCAAGUUCCAUGUUGCUAUCCAUGCCCGCUGCUGGUGGGCGUAGCGUCCCUGUGUCAGAUUUCAGAAUAGGGGAUGGUUCCUUCCUCCGAGAAGUUCCACGGCCUGGCAACUAUUAG